AGUUGAGCUAUGUGCUGGGCAGGGAAAAGCUCUCAGGUCCCCUCGGUAUGUUCAUCCAAGCAACAGCAGUGGACGUGAACAACAUACUGUAUUGACACCAUCUGCUUUGCUGCACUCACAACUACAAGGUGUUUGGAGUGUUCUGUCUGAGUGAGCUAGAGAUGAUUCAGUUGGGCCUCACUGACGGCAGCCUGAUUGAUGAGCUGAUGGCGCUAACGUCCCAGAGUCUUGGCCAACUGGAGAUCCACGAACACUUCAACGUCAUCAAGGAAAUAGGCCGAGGAAAAUACGGCAAAGUGCUGCUGGUCACGCAUCGCUUCAGGGGGACUCCCAUGGCUUUAAAAGUGAUGCCAAAGACCUCAACUAAGCUGCAGGGCUUCCUGCGAGAGUACUGCAUCUCCUUGCAUCUGUCCUGCCACCCCUGCAUCGUGGGUCUCUUUGGUAUUGCCUUCCAGUCUACUGAGCACUACUGCUUUGCCCAGGAGCUUGUCAUUGGGCGGGACCUUUUUGCUGUCAUUCAGCCGAAGGUGGGCAUCCCUGAGUCAUCUGCUAAACGUUGCGUCGUGCAGAUUGCCAGUGCUUUGGAGUUCAUCCACAGCCGGGGCCUGGUCCACCGAGAUGUCAAGCCUGAGAACAUCCUUCUGCUGGAUCAUGACUGCUGCCAGGUCAAGCUGGCAGACUUUGGCCUGGCCCAGAAGAGGGGCACUCUGAUCAGUUUCAUCACAGGGAUCCUGCCUUACAUGGCUCCUGAGCUUUGCACCAUUGCUCUCCUAGAGGGCCAGAAAGAAGUAAUUGCUCCUCCGCUAAGUGUGGAGCCAAGUCUGGACACCUGGGCCUUUGGGGUGCUUAUAUUUUGCAUCCUGACAGGCUACUUUCCUUGGGAGCGUUGCACGGAUUCGGAUGACUGCUAUCAGGAUUUUGCUGACUGGACCAGAUUGGGAGAAAAUGCCCCCACUGAGGACAAUCCUCAGCUGUGGAAGAGGUUCACUCCAGAAGCCAUGGAGUUGUUCAGUAAGCUCCUGGCUGUGGAAGCAGAAAAGAGGUACACCGAAGGGGUGGUGACAGAAUACGUGGGGAAGGCAUGGCUUAAAAAGGAACAUGGGAUGGAGCAGCAUGAGACAGUUGAAAGAGACAAAGAGUAAUCCUGGACAUACUGAGCUAACGAAUAAUUGCAACAAAUUCCAUUUGCAGCAUGUGUUGAAACCAUGUAAUAACAUCCAAAUCUAUUAAACUUCAAUCCCUAAAUUGGUUGCAAAAUGACUGAUCUGUACAGUUUACAAAACAAUGUACAUAUUUCUCCUAGGGCUUUACAUUUGGAAAACAUGCUGUGACUGGUGAAAGUAUUGUGUCAUCAGGUUUGUGCCAUUGGACUUACAUUAAUUUGCAGCCAUUGAAAUUAAUGUAUAUCAUCAUUUGAAUUAUUUUCAGUUCUUGUAUUAUACAGUGGGUACAGAAAGUAUUCAGACCCCCUUAAAUGUUCACUCUUUUUUUAUAUUGCGGCCAUUUGCUAAAAUCAUUUAAGUAAUUUUUUUUCUACAUUAAUGUAAACACAGCACCCCAUAUAGACAGAAAAAAGACGGAAUUGUUGAAAUUUUUGCAGAUGUAUUAAAAAAGAGAAACUGAAAUAUCACACAGCCAUAAGUAUUCAGACCCUUUGCUCAGGAUUUAGUAGAAUCACCCUUUUGAGCUAAUACAGCCAUGAGUCUCUUUGGGAAUGAUGAAUGAGUUUUUCACACCUGGAUUUGGGGAUCCUCUGCCAUUCCUCCUUGCAGAUCCACUCCAGUUCUGUCAGGUUGGAUGGUGAACGUUGGUGGGCAGCCAUUUUCAGGUAUUUUCAGAGAUGCUCAAUUGGGUUUAAGUCAGGGCUCUGGCUGGGCCAUUCAGAAACAGUCACGGAGUUGUUCUGAACCCACUACUUCGGUAUUUUAGCUGUGUGCUUAGGGUCAUUGUCUCUUUUGAAGGUGAAACUUCGGCCCAGUCUAAGGUUCUGAGCACUCUGGAGAAGGUUUUUGUCCAGGAUAUCCCUGUACUUGGCCGCAUUCAUCUUUUCUUCGAUUGCAACCAGUCUUCCUGUCCAUGCAGCUGAAAAACACCCCCACAGCAUAAUGCUGCCACCACCAUGCUUCACUGUUGGGACUGUAUUGGACAGGUGAUGAGCAGUGCCAGGUUUUCUCCACACAUGCCACUUAGAAUU